AUGCCCGGUAGCAUAGAAGGCCGAUCUAUCCGACUCGAGGUCAUCAGCGGAAAAAAAUCUCAAAAUCCCUUCCAAGCGCAUACCUCCGAGGGCGUCUCUGAAAUGGCCGGUCUGGGUACAAGUCUAAGGAGACUUCAGGUCUGCGGUCUUGCCACAGGUGGCGAUGCUCUGACGGAGUUUGAAGAUACCGGUGCCCCGAGCAUGGCUGACCCGCCUAUCCCACCUGUCACAUCCCGCCUCCACCCGCCGCCGCCAGACGCUGGCCCAAAGCCGGAGAGGCCACCGUUGAGGAGGAACAUAUUCAGGUUGUACGGCCACAAGUAUCUACGCGUCCGUCGCGGACCUCCCCCUGAAGACCGUGACUUCGUCAGGAUCAAGUUCAAGAACGGCACCCGCGGCGACUUCGAGACCUACCACGCUUUCGGCCACAAGUCUGACAUUGCUGCAACGGAAUUCAUCUAUAGGAUCGAGAACUACGCCAUUACCAGCCAGAAACAAUGGGCCGCUGCUUGCAGCUCAGGUCUUACCGAUGACUAGAUCCAUAAUGGCUCCCAGCACGCGAUCUCCAGCACCGUCUUUGCCAUUCGCGUACUGUAUUUUCGACAUGUGUGGACCGUGCGUUAGUGUGCACAAAUUUUUCAACUAUGUUCUGAACGCCAAAGUACAUGCAAGGACAUUAUAUUUCAAUAACAAGUGUUCAUUACACGAUUAGCAAGCUGAGUGAGAGCCAAGUACUACGCAUGCAUUACAAAAAUUAACGAGCAAG